GGUAAAAUUCUCUACAAAGUACGGUGGAAAGGAUAUACCUCUGAUGAUGAUACCUGGGAACCAGAGGUUCAUUUGGAAGACUGCAAAGAAGUGCUGCUUGAAUUCAGAAAAAAAAUUGUGGACAAUAAGCCUAAACCUGUUAAAAAAGACAUACAGAAACUAUGUCUAAAUAAUGAUGUAUUUGAAGCAGAAUCUGACAGUGACUGGCAAAGUGAAACAAAGGAUGAUGUUUCACCAAAGAAGAAAAAGAAAAAGUCAAAAGAUGGAGAGGAUAGAAGUCCAGAUGAUCUGAAGAAGAAAAAGUCUAAGUCUGCAAAACUCAAAGAAAAACCCAGAACAGAAUGUGAAAAUUCCUCAGAUACUUUGGUUUCAGAUUCAAAACCAAAAAAAAGGACUUCAGAAACCAAGGAGGAUUCAAAGGACCCAAAGAAGCAAAGGAAAGAAGAUACUAAAGAAAUCAAGAAAAAGAAGGGAGACGUUAAAGAUUUAAAAAUAAAAUCUAAAGAAGAUCCUAAAGAAAAUAAAAAAUCACGGAAGGAGAAGCAUGGAGAUACUCAGUUUGACUCAGAAUCAAGUAUUCUAGAUGAUGUAUUUUCUCAAGGAAUUGAUAAUGAAAAUUCAGACUUAAAUCCUGAAAAUAAAGACGAGAAGCAAAAGGUAGUAAGUGGAGAAGAGAGAUUGGAACAAGAAAUUGCUGAAAAAGAUUCCAUUGCUGAUAGGCAUCUUGAUGGAUCAGCAAGCAAUGAAGAUGAUAGUAUUGACGUUAAGGUUAAAAGAAAGAAGAAGAAAAUUCAGAAAGCUGAAGAUUGUAAAGAGGACGCUAGAAAAGUGGAAACUCAAGAUAUCUAUUUAGACAAGAAAAGCAUGCACAAAAAGCAAAAAUGUCAAGAAAAAGUAAAAAUGGUACCAGCAGAGUUGGAGAAAGUGUCACCUGCUCCUUCACCAGUGCAGAAGGGUUUGAAAUUGAGCUCUGAUGAAAGAGGGCGUAAGUCCACUGAUUCAGCUGGGGAGGAGAAAGAAGUAAAGAAAACUGAAACGAAAGAAAAAUCUCAGAAAAAAGAGUCUGAAAAAGAAGAAAAGAGCAGAAAAGAACAAAAGGGCCUAAAAAGCUUUAAGGACAUCAAAAGUGCAUUUGACUUGUUUAAUGUAGCUUCAGAAGAGAAAAGUGAAUAUUCUGAGAAUAACUGCAGAAGAGAAGAAUCUUCGCUAGAAUAUAAAUUCAUAGAAGAAUUAAAAUCAAAAGACAGCAAGGUGUACAAGGAAAGGAGGAACAUAAGAGAUGAAACAGACACAUGGACUUACAUUGCUGCAGAAGGUGAUCGAGAAGUAGUGGAUGUGUGUCAAAUGGAGACCUCUGAUGGCAAGCAACAAGUCUUGAGUUUGGGUAUGGACAUGCAGUUAGAAUGGCUGACACUAGAAGACUUUCAGAAGCACCUUGAUGGAGAAGAUGAGAAUCAUGUGUCAACAGAACCGAUAUCAAGUACUCUCCUGAGGGAUGCUGUUAAAAGUGGAGAUUAUAUGACAGUAAAGAUGGCACUUUCGUCAAACGAGGAAUAUAAUCUGGAUCAAGAGGACUCAAGUGGAAUGACCCUAGUAAUGCUUGCUGCUGCUGGUGGGCAUGAUGACCUUCUCCGAGUCCUAAUCAGGAAAGGAGCUAAAGUUAAUGGUAGACAGAAAAAUGGAACAACUGCAUUGAUACAGGCAGCUGAAAAGAAUUUUCUAACAACAGUAGCUAUUCUUCUGGAAGCUGGGGCAUAUGUGAACAUGCAGCAGAGCAGUGGUGAAACUGCUUUAAUGAAGGCUUGUAAAAGAGGGAAUUCUGAUAUAGUGCGGCUUAUGAUUGAAAGCGGAGCGGACUGUAACAUUUUGUCAAAGCAUCAGAACAGCGCGCUGCAUUUUGCUAAACAAUGUAAUAAUGUACUGGUGUACGAGCAGCUCAAGAGUCAUUUGGAAACGCUCUCAAGAGUAGCAGAAGAUACCAUCAGGGAUUAUUUUGAAGCUCGUCUUGCUUUGCUGGAGCCAGUCUUUCCAAUUGCGUGUCAUCGUCUCUGUGAAGGGCCAGACUUUUCUACGGAUUUUAACUAUAAACCCCCACAAAAUGUGCCAGAAGGAUCUGGAAUUCUUCUCUUUGUUUUCCAUGCAAAUUUCUUUGGUAAAGAAGUCAUUGCUCGGCUCUGUGGACCAUGCAGUGUACAAGCUGUGGUUUUAAACGACAAAUUCCAGCUCCCUGUAUUUUUGGAUAGUCACUUUAUUUAUUCCUUCAGCCCUACUGCAGGCCUUAACAAGCUUUUUAUACGGUUGGCAGAAGCUCCUACUGCCAAGGUAAAGCUGCUAAUAGGCGCAUACCGAGUGCAGUUGCAGUGACCUCACAGCUGAGAGCAUGUUGAGUGGACUGACACCUUUUUGGAUAUGCUUCUGAUUUCCUCUGUUUAGAGACUGACAAAGCAGUUUGGAACUUUUUGGCACCACACUCUUUAAGACUAAGUUCCCAUCUCACUGUCACAUGGCAGUCACAUAGGAAAGUGUGUGUUGGAGAGCAGUUGAAUACGCUGCACUCGUGGGACGGGGUUGUCAGCUUUUUUUACUUUGUACAGAUGUAGAUGUAAGUAUUUGUGCCAAUACAUAAUUCUGUUUUUCUUCAACUUGUGGAGUCCAGACUGCGUAUUUCAGCUUUUCCACAAUGUGGAAUGGUGCAUAUAAGAACUAUUUAAGGUAACUACAUGAAAUGUGUUUUUUAAUAGAAAGAUCUUUCCAUUUGUAAACUAAAAUUUUUUACUUACCCUAACUGUAACAUUUCUAUGUAAAAUGCAGAACUCGCAUAUUCUUGGAGCCGUG